AUGUGGGCGAGAGUUCGCCAGAGAAAUAUAUGGGCGAGAGUUCGCCAGAGAACAUAUAUGAGCGAGAGUUUGCCAGAGAAAAUAUGUGGGCGAGAGUUCGCCGGAGAACAUAUGUGGGCGAGAGUUCGCCAGAGAAAAUCUAUGGGCGAGAGUUCGCCAGAGAAAAUAUAUGGGCGAGAGUUCGCCAGAGAAAAUAUAUGGGUGAGAGUUCGCCAGAGAAAUAUAUGGGCGAGAGUUCGCCAGCGAAAAUAUAUGGGCGAGAGUUCGCCAGAGAAAGAUAUGGGCGAGAGUUCCCAGAGAAAAUAUAUGGGCGAGAGUUCGCCAGAGAAAAUAUAUGAGCGAGAGUUUGCCAGAGAAAAUAUGUGGGCGAGAGUUCGCCGGAGAACAUAUGUGGGCGACAGUUUGCCAGAGCAAAUAUAUGGGCAAGAGUUCGCUUGA